AUGUCACUUAAUGCGCUUUUACUAUAUUUAGUCACGAUGUCCGUUGGAGGUGCUGGUGCAUACACGGAAACAUCAGAUGCAAUGGCUGCUCGACUUGUAUCCGAGAGAGGAGUCUAUAUCACAUUUUCGCAAGGAAAUGACGGAGGUCAAGGUCUUCAAACAAGUGGAAAUCCAGCCAUAUCGUCUGGUGCAAUGGCAAUAGCUUCAAUAGACAACUCACAUACACCACAGUCCUACUUAAGCACACCUGAUGGUGAAAAAAUUUUCUAUUCAGCCGGAGCUAAUUCUGGUGGAUGGCAUUCCACUGUGAAUUCGAUCAUCGUUGUCAACGAUCCUCAAGCUACAGCGAAUGAUGGAUGCAACGGUCCGACCAAGUCGGUUGCAGGUGCUGUUGUUUUGUAUGCGUAUAACAUUGGAGAUUUGUGUAACUCAGCUGUUCGAUGUAACAAAGCAGCAGCAGCCGGUGCAACCGGUUGUCUUCUGUACAAUGUUGGAGCCAUCUCAGGAUCAUCUGCUAUUCCAAGUGGAAGCAUCAGUUUGACAAAUGGUCAACACAUUAUUGCAAUAACGACAGAAAAUCUCUCAGCAAUGUUUACAUUUACCAAUAAGGUUGCACUUGCUCCCGUUGUAAUUUCUUCUCUUCUUCUCAUUUAUCUUAAGUCGACGGCCGGAACACCUUCUCAGUUCUCAUCACUUGGUCUCACAGGUGAUCUGUUAUUCAAACCCCAAAUUAGUGGUAUUGGUGGUUAUGUUUAUUCAACCAUUUCAUCUUUCGCUGCUACAACUCAAAAAUUGUCCACCACAUAUGCUUCCUACUCGGGUACAAGUAUGGCUUGUCCUUAUGUUGCUGGGUAUGUAUAA